AUGUUCUUUUUUCAGACUCCAUCAUCUGUGGCAGAUUGGCUGGUGAUCUCAAAAGAUUUUGAAGAAAAAUGGAAUUACCCAUCAUGCAUAGGGGCAAUAGAUGGAAAACACAUUGCCAUACAGAAUCCUAAUGACAGUGGCUCUGAGUUUUACAACUAUAAGCAUUUCUAUAGUGUAUUACUUUUGGCCGUAGUGGAUGCCAAAUACAGAUUUAUUUAUGUAGAAGCUGGAGCUGCUGGGCCUGCUGGAGAUGCUGGGCUCUUUAAUGCUUCAGUUUUAAAGAGGACCUUGGACAACGGGUCCCUCAACUUACCACCACCAACAUGUGUUGAAGGAAUACCAGAACCGUUAAUCAGUUAUCAUAUGGUUGGAAAUGAUGCAUUUGCACUUACCAGCACUAUGAUGAAACCAUAUCCACACCGACAUAUCGAUAAAACCAAACGCAUUUUCAACUACCGGUUAUCUCGUGCCAGGCGGGUUGUUGAAAAUGCAUUUGGAAUACUCGCCAGCCGAUUUUGCGUAUUUCUUACAACAAUAAAGUUAAGUCCCGAAAGAGUGACAUACUUGAUCCUUGCAUCAUGUUGCCUUCACAACUUCAUGGUCAACAACAACAAGCAUGCAUACACCAGUACUGGUGAUGUUGAAAGUGAGGAUCAUGCAUUCUUAUCUGGAGCAUGGAGAGCUGACCCUCCACUCAACAGUUUGCAGUCCUGUACCACCAACCGCAACCCCACAAGAAGUGCAAAGCAACAACGCCAGCUUCUCACUAACUAUUUCUCAGGUGCUGGGGCUGUCACAUGGCAGGACAAUAUGAUAUAA